AUGGCGGAAGAAGAUAGAGUUGACAUCUCCGAGGAAGUCAACCCGCCGGCUCCGGCCCUUUCUCAACCACCUCCAACACACGCUCCGCCGCCUCCAACUCUUGCAGGCAUGCUCCCGACGUACUCGGGCGCCCCUCUGGUGCAUCUCCAGCCCCCGACGUCUUCAGGAGCACCCCUUGCACGGACCUCACAGACGUCCUCCGCCUCCGACGACCAAACCCGCAUCGCGACACUCGAGGGCACGGUCAACCAAAUGGCCACCAACAUGGCAGAGCUGCUCGCCCUACUUAGGAGACCAAACCGUGCAUCCUCGAGCUCCACGCCUCCGCCGGGACAAGGACCAACAGUCGACCCGACUCCUUGGGUCCCGCCGACUCAGGCCCCGGAGAACAUGGAGGUGCCCGCGCCACCAACACUGCAUACGUCCAUGGCUCACCCUUUCACCAGCCCAUAUCCGCCACCACCGGCCCCCACGGCCGUCCCUCUCCCACCGGCAACGUUCCUGUCCUCGGAGCAGGUCCUGUCCGCGCCUCCUCCUAUCUCUAUACCGAUCCCAGCCACGGCCUAUACAGCGCCUCCACUAAUGGUUUUCCAGUGCGUCCGCUCCGACUCAUCUUCAAGCCACGGAGCUUCCUCCAUACCCGUCUCUACAACCCCACGUCGGCCUCUCUUACCAGGCACCGCCCCCUAUAAACACCACCUUCCAUGA